AUGGUCUCGAUCGACACCGGUUUCGUCGCGAUCUUGGUGGCUGUCCUGUGCUGCCACGGAUACGAAACCGACCUCAACAAGCGCGAGAAGCUCAAGAGACAGUACGCCCAACGCGAGCGUGAGCGUGAAAACAAGAGAAUUGCGAAAGCGACGAACAAGGAGGCAAAGCAGGCCUCCAAGGAGCGGAAGAAGGCCCGCAAGGCCGCAUUCUAUCGGGUAAAGAUCAAGCAGCGGGAGGACUUUGAAAUGGAUMAAUAUCGUCACCGGGAGCUAAUUCCCGAAGACUUCGUAUACUUGACCAACGAGGAGUUCAUGAUCCGCUGGCCAAUGGGACCUGUGUGGUACGGGCGGCCCCACGAAAUAUAA